AUGAAGCUGCUUCUUUUGUUAAGCCAUCUUUCUGUGGUCCUGGCUAAUCGGCCAAAGCCCCUUGUUUCACCGGAUAAACUUUCCUCUGAGAUCCAAUUGAAGGACCUUCUUAAGGGCACACAAAAGCUGGAGGACUUUGCUUAUGCAUAUCCUGAGCGGAACCGUGUCUUUGGUGGCAAGGCACAUAACGAGACGGUUGACUUCCUCUAUCGCGAGUUGAAGAAGACCGGGUAUUAUGAUGUAUACAAACAGUCACAGGUACACACAUGGACCAGUGCAGAGGCCUCCCUGAACUUCAAUGGCGACUCUAUUCCAGUUACCUCAAUGACAUACAGUCCCAGCGUUGAUGUGACUGCUGAGGUGGUGGUGGUUUCGAAUGUCGGAUGUACUGCAUCAGACUAUCCGACUGAGGUGGCUGGUAAAAUCGCCUUGGUUAAGCGUGGAGAAUGUACCUUUGCAGAGAAGUCGACUCUGGCUGGUGCUGCCAAUGCAGCUGCGGUCAUUGUAUACAACAACGCUGCAGGGUCUCUGAGUGGAACGUUGGGCGGUGUUUCCACUGCUUAUGCCGCCAUUGGGGGAAUCUCCCAAACCGACGGUGAGACUCUGCUCACGGCGGCAGGCAGCGGUGCCAUCACUUUGUCUCUCGAAAUAGACAGCAAAGUGGAGAACCGCACGACAUUCAAUGUCAUUGCAGAGACAAAAGGCGGUGAUCACAAUAACGUCGUCUCUUUAGGAGGCCACACCGACUCAGUCGAAGCCGGUCCGGGCAUCAAUGAUGAUGGCUCUGGAAUCAUCAGCAACCUCGUGGUCGCAAAGGCGUUGACAAAAUUCUCCGUCAAGAAUGCGGUGAGAUUCUGUUUCUGGACUGGUGAAGAGUUUGGGUUGUUGGGCAGCGAAUACUACACCUCACACCUUAGUGCUAAGGAACUGGCAAAGAUCAAGCUUUAUCUUAACUUCGACAUGAUUGCCUCGCCCAACUACGCGCUCAUGAUCUAUGAUGGUGACGGAGAUGCCUUCAACCAGACCGGACCAGCAGGCUCUGCUGAGAUUGAGGCCUUAUUCCAAAACUACUUCAAAUCCAAGAAACUAUCGUAUAUUCCAACCGCUUUCGAUGGUCGCUCUGACUACGAUGGCUUCAUCUCUCGUGGAAUUCCCGCCGGUGGUAUUUUCACUGGCGCUGAGGGCAUCAAGACAGUCGAAGAGGCCAAAUUGUUUGGAGGCCAGGCGAAUGUCUCUUACGACGUGAACUAUCAUGCGGCAGGUGACAACACCACAAACCUAAACCAUAAGGCAUUCUUGAUCAACUCCAAGGCCACUGCUUUCGCCGUCGCCAAAUAUGCUACUAGCCUUGCUUCAAUCCCACCACGGACUGAGACCCCCACCAAGCGACGGGUCAAGAAAGCACCCAAAUCACAUGCUCACACCAAGAACACUGGGUGCUUCCAUUCUCUGGUUGAAAUCUAG